GUUUCCCCAGUCGCGCGGAGGUCCUACUUUAUGCGUUUUAUUAGAGCUGCUGCCAGAAGUUGUUGUAGGGACAGUUCUAGGUGCCAGCAUUGCCAGACCCCGUUUUCGUCCCUUCGUCUCAACAUUCCGCUCGUUGUUCCCCCACUUGUUGCAGGACCCAAAUACCAUUUUUUUGUCGAGAAACAGCGCAAGGAGAUUGUAUAAGUAGUUCGUUAUGCCCGGUGGACUUGUUUGAAGCAUAUCAGAAGGAGUAUCCCUUUUUCUGUUCUAUUAACACCACCGAGUACGAGCAAACACAAUUACUUUAGAACGCGCACACAGCGAAAAUAGGCAGUCCGAAUUCAGAAACAAAGAAACACCACUACGUGUAAAAACCCCUCUUGCACCCAAGAGCAGCAUAUCGACCGUGAACAAAUUAUGGCAGCACCACCACCCCCGGGCUACGGCGCGCCACCCCCGGGUUACGGCGCGCCACCACCCGGCUACGGGCAGCCACCACCACCUGGCUACGGCCAGCAACUCCCUGUCGCUUACGGGCAGGUGAUGCAGCCACCGCAACAGGUCAUGUCGGAUGAUAUUUUCGGGCCCCAAUUUAACAUCAAACAGAAGGUGACGAAAAGGGACCUCCUGGAGAACACAUUGGGCGUCGAAAUGGGAAAUUUCUACAACGUCCAACCGUUUGGGGAGAAGGGAAACAAGAACAGCGAACUUCCCUGGAAAAUGUACGUAGACGAGAAAUCAUAUGGAAGCGUCAGGUUUGAAAUCCUCAAAGUUGAAAUAGUUUGUGAUGCAUAAAAUGCAACCCACAAAAUGCCUGUCUUGCAGAGUAGGCAAGGGAGGCAGAUUGUAAGCCUGUUGAGGGGUACAAAUAGAGCUGCUGGACUAGCAUGACAAAAGGCCUCUUCCUUACCCAAACAGCAUUACAAACUGGAUUUCGGCUCUACCAAAUUUGUCAUGCGCCACUUGAAAACUAGGCACCAGCUGGUAUCCGUUUUAUGCAUGGCAAACUAUUUCAACUUUGACGAUUUCAAACCUGACGCAUCCAUAAAUCAGAUAACUGGUGCGGAAGGAUCUGUUGCGGGCCGACGAGUAUCAAAUGCCAAUAUGUCUGGCUCUGGAUGAAUGCAGAUGUUUGUGAUGCAGGUUUUGCAUGACCCAGAGUGUCUGGCAUGCAGGACCAGCAUCACAGGUUCAUCUUCGAGAGCUUCACGAUGCCUACUCUGCAUGAGAAAUCCGCUUGGCACAACUUUUGUUCUUCAGGCAAGACAGAUUUUUGUGUGAUCUGAAAUGCGCAUCACAAGUUGCAACCUUCCAGACCCAGACAUAUUUGCAAUGCAUAACGAGAGGCCUCACCUUCGACGUUUUCUACCCGAAAAAGGAAUCGGAAGGCGGGAUGAAAAUUUUGGAACUGAAAAAACCCUUCAUCUAUCAAAUGCAAAUAUGCCUGGGUCUGGAAGAAUGCAACUUGUGAUGCUGCGUUUGGAUUCCAAAAAAAUCUGUAUUGCAUGAGCAGCAAAGGGAAUGCAAUUUUUGCUAUGCGGCGAGCGCAUUUGUCAUGCGGACUAGGCAUCAAGAAGCCCUUGUAAAAAAUUUGUGAUGCUGGGGCAUGCAUCACUGACAUCGUGGCUCAUGCAAAACGUGCAUGACAAGUUUCAGAAUCUUCCAGCCCGAGACAUAUUUGCAAUGCAUAUCAUCUGCUGCGAACCGUGCUGCGCGUGCUGUUGCUGUUUCUGCACGGGUAUCAAAUGGAAAAAUGUUUGGGUCUGGAAGGUUGGAACUUGUGAUGCUACCUCUGGACUCUGAAAAAAUCUGUAUUGCAUGACUAGCAAAAGGAGUCUAGUUUGUGCUACGCGGGGAGGGCAUUUGUCAUGCGGAGUAGGCAUCAGGAAGCCCUCUAAAAAUCUGUGAUGCUAGGUCGUGCAUUACAGACAUCCUGGGCCAUGCAAAAUAUGCAUGACAAACCCGGCAACAUCCCAGACCCAGACUACACUUUUGCAAUUCAUAACGGGGUGUUGCAAGCCGAAAUUCGAGGUCACCGCCACGGAGAAUUUUCCGGGGAAUAAACGAAUAUGCAUUGCACAAGUAUCGUACUUCUAGUAGGGAUUCUUGCAUUACAGAUUUAGUCAGCAUGACAAAUGAAAUUUCUCAUGCUAAUUUGGCUCAGGAAGGAGGUUUGUCAUGCAGUAUCGCAAUUACUACGAGAACGAGUGCGAUAUUUUUGCAAUGCAUAACGUGGCGAGGCCUACAAAAUCGGCUACGUGCAAGAUCACUGUCAGGUGUGCGGGACCCGGGAGGAGAUCCACAAAACCUCCGAUGGGGGUGAAAAGCACUUGUACACGAUCAAAGGCAGCUGUUGCCAUAUGAGAGUGCGUUACAACUCCCCCUCGUUCGCAUUUCUCAUGCAAAAUCCCAACUCCAAUUGUUCCCCUGCGUCACUAUUAUGCAUGACAGAUUCCGGAAGCUCAAACGGUACUACACGAGGCGCAUGAAUUUGUAAUGCACAGGCUCCACGUGUGGUGGUGUUUGUAUGGCUGUUCAUGCAAUACAAAUGCGGGGGAGGGGGGGUUGUGCACUCUCAUAUGCCAGUGCGGUGCCUGUUUGCCAGCCGGGGGGUCGGCUUCGUUAUGAACUGCGAAAGUAUCGUACUCGUGUAAAUGCAUUACAAAUUUCCUCCGCGUGAGAAAUAAAAUUUGUAAUGCAGAUUUACGAUAAGAAAAAAAUUUGUAAUGCAAGACUUGCAUUUAUACGAGUACGAUACUUUUGCAGUGGAUAUUCGUACCCCAUUUACGACGGGGAACACCACGACCGCGAAAUUGGGGAGUUCAAAAAGAUGGGUGGUAUGCACUGCAAAAGUAUGGCACUAGUAGAAAUCGCAUGACAAUUUUCCUCAGCGUGAGAAAUGGAAUUUGUAAUGGUGCGGGUUUGUCAUAAGAACGGAAUUUGUAAUGCAUGACUGCGAUUACUACGAGCACGAUACUUUUGCAGUGGAUAACCGGCGGCAUUAAGCAGUUCGCGAUGGAGUUGCUCGCCGACGCGCAAACCUUUCAAGUCACAUGUCCCGACAACGCUCACAACGAAGAAAAGGCGUUGCUACUGGCGGCGGGAUUGAUGGUGGAUCUGCAGUACUACGAGCAGACAAACGACAAACCGGAUGAGUUGGGCGGCUACGCAGACAUGGUAUGCAUUGCAAAAGUAUCGUACUUAGUAGGAAUCGCAUUACAAAUUGGCUCAGCAUGACAAGUAGAAUUUGUCAUGCUGAUUUACCUCGGAAAAAAAUUUGUUAUGCAUGACAGCAAUUGCUACGAACAGUACGAUACUUUUGCAUUUCAUACAUGGUCUUUUACAACGAAAAAUCUUCCAUUCGGUCGUCUAGCAGCAGCGCAUCCGGCGCAUCCGACUACUCCCUCCGCGUAGCGAAUUUUAUCCUGAGUAAAAACGUACCCACACCAGAGUUGUCAUGCGACUUUGCCAUGACAGGAACAUUUGUGAUGCGCAACCCCAUGACAGGCAUUUUCAAUCGUGUUUGGGAACUUGUAAUGCUGUAAACAGGAUCAGCAGAUCGAUUUGUGAUGCGGCUUUCCUUGCUAACUUGCACUACCUCACGGACUGAAACUUGUCAUGCGUGACUCACAAAACUCCUAGGUUUGUGUUGCAAAAUCCCCAUCCUGACUCUGGUGUGGGUACGUUUUUACUCAGGAUAAAUUUCCCGUCGUCUUCAUCUUGCAACAGUGACACGGAUCAUAGUUGUGGUGCAGCUGGGAUGAAGAUGAAAAACAAGUCGGGCAGCAGCUCUACUUCAGGGGCAGCUGGUGUCGCGGGAAAGGCAAACUAUGGUGCCACCGGAUGGACAACGAGCGAAUGUGAAGAUUUCUCGUCGGAUGAUGCUGGGGCAACAGCAACGAGCAGCCCGAGUACUAGGAAGGCCCAGAGUAGCGGCGCAAGUGGAGUUUUCGAAGAGAGUGAGCUUUAAGACGACGAAAUUGUUAUUUGCAUCAGUGUAUGUCGAUGUCGUCGCCCGAUCGAAUAGAAGAUCGUGUCAUCUCUCACUGUAGUCAGAGGCAGUAGAGCACACAAGAAAUGCAGACAAAAACCAAUCCAAAGUAAGUACUACACUCUGGCUUUAUUCCACAAAAAUCACCUUCGUGGUCGUACGAAGAAGAUUUUGUAUAAAAGAAAUGAAGCUGAAUUCUUUGGUUGUCCCUACUAUAUCACGACUAGCAGGUGCUGCACCAACAUCCUGCGCGAUUUAUGUACAAUCACAAACUGUUUUUUGUUUCGCUGUGUCGCUUACGACGUCUAGGUUUUUUCGCUUCGCGUUCGCACUAUAAUUAAAAAAUCCAAGUACUUUGAAGUUCUCCCAGACAUAAUUAAUACCUCAUCUCAACAUCGCUUCGUUUCAAGUUUUUCGUCCUGGCUGUUACCCUCUCGUGAAGAUGUAGACAAGCACUUCAGAUUUAAGGUUCUCCAUAAGUACAAGCUGCUUCUCAACAGAACUACCUAGAGAAGAAGUAAUUGGAAUUGCAGUUAU